GGUAUGAAUUGCGAUAGUUAUGUUGAAUUUCUUGAAUAAAUUGUCUUUUUACCUCUGUUUAUUGCAAAUUUGUUUGAGAGUUUUGAUUGGUGUUUAUUUAUGAGAUUUAUUUCAAAAAUAAAUUCAGUUUCAUAACACCGUUACGACCGCGAAACACCGUUACGACCGCGAAACACGCCGUUACAGUCGUAAAACACCUUACAGACAUGAAAACUUUAGAUUUGUUCUUCUGUCAUUCUUAAUUUGGGUGUUGUUCUGGAAGUGUAAUAGAGAUAAUGAGUUUUAGAAACAAAAUUUGGACUUUGAAUAGAGCGUUUUGUGUGCGUUAGUUUGAACUUUGGAGAUGAGAUUUUUGGUGUGUGUGAACUUGCUUCUGAUCUCUGAAAAAGAAAUUAGAAAGAAGAACCUAGAAAGAAAGAAAGAACAAUGUGAGGUGAGUGAGAGAAAGUGGCUGGGUUGGGUUAGGAAAGUGAAUAAUUCCACUAUUUUUUACUCCUAUUUUGACUUUUUGGAAUGCACCAGUAUUGAUUGAUUUAUGUUUUUCGGUUUUAUCUGAAAACAAUGUUUAAUUGUACAUUAUAUGAUAGUAUGCAUAAUUUUAGGAAAGAUUUGUGCAACAUUAUGGUUAAUUCACUUGACAGUAAGUGUUUAUUAUGAUUUUGUGUUCAAAUGUGAAUUUGUUGUUAUGUGUUGACAUAAGUGUACUGGUGCACUUCUAGCUAGUGCAUUUCAAAAAAAUUAAGCUUUGCUGUUAUGUGUCGAUAUAAGUGUACUGAUGCAGCAAAGUGUUUAUCUAUUUCUUUUUAUUAUAGAAAUUUUAUCCAUUGCUUUGUUUUCAUAAAUCUAUAAGAUGGCAUCGAAUAAUGAUUGUAUGGAGGGAGGAGUGGCUUUUAAAUGGAGCGAUAAUAUAGAGUAUGAAAAGGUUUUAGCCGAGCUUUGUAUCAAGUUCAUUAGGAAGAAUGGACGUGUAUCAUUUAGAUGGAAGGAGAUUAACCAACAGUUUGAAUCCAUCAUUAAGCGGAAGUGUCAUUUCAAAACUUUGAAGAAUAAGUAUGAUGCAAUGAAGAGGGAUUGGCGCAUUUGGAGAUUUUUAAAGUUUGGAGAAACUGGAUUAGGAUGGGAUCCUGUUACAGGAAAGCUUAGUUGUUCAGAUGAAUGGUGGGAUAGAAAGAUAAAGGAGAAACCUGAGGCGAAAAAGUUUCGUAAUAAAGCAAUAGAUCCUUCACUUGAGGAAUUAUGGAAUCAACUGUUUGAAGACAACUAUGCAGAUGGGUUAGAGAAUGUUGCACCAUCUAUGGAUCCUAAUUGUGUUCAACCCGUUGAACAUGUGAAUUUGAAUGUGAAUGUUGAGGAAGAAGAUAAAGGGAGUGACAGGGAAGACAUGAAUCAUUAUGAGAGUGAUGCAGAGAAUGCUUAUGCUGAAUAUAAUCGACAUGAUCCUCGUUACAGUAACUUAUUUAAUAAUGAUAAUUCAUUUUGGCCUGAUUUCAUGGAAGGAACAAGCAGCACACAAGUACCAACCCAAGGUGCGAGAGCUACCCAAGUAUCUACUGAAGCUAAUGAAGGUACCCAAGUACCAACCACAGGUGUUGGAGUUACCCAAGUAGCUAGCCAAGGUAAUGGCAACAAAAAAACUACAUACCCUUCAAAGGUGGCUAACAAAACCGUCAGGGAAAAGCGUAAAAGAAGACAAUCAGGAGGGGCAGCAAAACUAAGCAAUCAAAUAGAUGCAUUGGUAUCAAACUCUAUAAUUGCUGUGGACAUAUUACAUUCUGAUGAUAGUUCAGAUAAAAAUGGUAGUGCUAAUUCAACUAUUGCAGCAGCAGUCACUGUUAUUAAUAGGAUGGUUGCUGAAAGCUUUUUGAAAAAGGGGAGUGAAUUGUGGUGUUUUGCACUUGCUUUGAUUGAGAAUGAAGUAAGACGCGACAUUUUUAUGAACAUCGAGGAUGAUGGUGGCAAGAAAGAUUGGUUGGUGUAUAUGCAGGCCAAUCAGAAAUGAGUUUAAUUUAAUUUUAAUUUAGUUGCAAUAGGUUGUUUUCAUUAUAUUAAUUUAGUGUUUCUUUAGUGGACACGUAUAAUUUGCAACUUCAAUGAAAAUGAGCCGAUUGAAUUAUGAGAUUACAACUAUGUAUUUUUCAAUGAAUGUAUGUUUUUUUUCCAA